AUGAAAAGCAAGAAGCAGACAUUCAAGCUGCCUGGCUUGUGCAGGUGUUUCUGGUUUUUGUGGCUGUUUGUGGCAUUCUGGAUUCUGGAGCAGCAGAAUGUUUACUCAUCACAGGCAUCAGGUAAAAAGGCCGCCGAGGAGGAUGCAGAAUUGGAAACCACCAGAGGAGUACCGGACGAUACGAUGGCUAGGUUGCAUGCAGAACUGGCUGCCCAGCAGGAAGUAACGAAUCCCCAGCUGGCGAGUUUACAUCUUACAGAGACUCGAUGCCACGUAAUUGCUUUCACUGUGCUUUUCUUAAUCUUAAUAAGGGAAGUUGUACUUCUCAGGGAGCGAGAGCGCAAAAAGAAGGCGGAAGAAGAAGUUAAACCUCCCCAAGAGGAACCCCAACUUGAAGGGGAGGAAGGAAAAGAAGCAGAAGAAGCAGAAGAAGAAGGAAAGCCUGUGCAGGAAGAAGAACCUUCACCGGAACUAGUAGUUUCGCAGCCAGAAGAACCUGCAGAAGAAGUACCCCUGCCACAAAUGCCUAUCGCACAAGUGCCCGUGCCGAUGCCGCGGCGUAAACCAAAAGCGGAAGUUCCACAUGAGAAACAAACGAAACAACCAGAGGAGCCUGGUGGAGAUGCAGUACCAGAUGAAGGAUUCGUGCAGAGGCCGAUAGCUCGUGCGAGAAAGACUCGAAAGGAGUUUGUCCGGAGGGCGGGGCCUGCUCCCGCGGCCCCCUCGCAGGUGCAACCAGGUAUUGAAGAGGAAGUGGCACAUGGGCAGGGGCCUCCUACCGGGGCUCGUGGCCAGCUGCAACCAGGUAUUGAACAGGAGGCAAAAGAAGUGAAAGCCGUUCAACAACCGGCUCAGCCACUACCUGUAGAGCCUACGCCAAUGCAGCCUACCUUGCCACAGCUUCCAGAACAACCAGCGCCAGCUCCAGUGCGUGGUGUGCCGGAAUUGGGCUAUGUUGUGCCUUCUGUCCCUCCAGCAGUCGCCCCUGUGGCGCCCCACGAAGUUCCAGAACCCGUACCUGUCAUGGAUGUCCAGGAUGAUGAGAAAUUGCGAGAUUUGAGGGCUCGUCGGAACGUCAUCAGCAGUCUAUUGGUGAACCUGGCAAAAAUCCACGGCGAGAAAGUGCAUGCGUACUGUUCUGAGAAGGCCUUUUCUUCAGACUACGAGAGUAUGCGGAGAGGUCUGGCGGAGAUGGCCGAUUGGAAAGAGUUCAAAUUGUGUCUCUUGACGCUGUCUUCGGUGACAGCAUCUGGAAUAACAGAAGAAGAAUUACAUGCCGUAAACAAUAUGCUUCGACAGCAAUAUCAAGAUCUGCAAGGUAUGGCUAGUGCGAAGGACGUCCAUGCUGUUGCAGCUGUGUACGAGCGCGCACAGCUAGUUAAUCAAAGGCUCAAACCCACAUUGCAGAUGCAAAAGGAGAAGCUCAAUUCAGCUCUGAAGCGCCAACCGCUCAGCAAGGAAGAGGCCAACGCUGCCGCUGAGGCCAUGGCGAAAAUUGCUGAGACUGUCGUCGACGACAGCGAAGAUUUCUGGCGCUCUGCGCAUGAUCUUUAUGCACAGAUUGGUGGCAAGCCUGAUGAUAUGCUUAGUUCUGUUAGCGGGAAAGUGCUACUGCAAACGCUGACAACUAAGAUAAAGUCCAGUACUCUUGAAAAGGUACAGGGUGCUUCGACCCCUCAGAAUGUUGCCGCAGACGCUGUGAAGAAAUACUUUGCCGAACCGUGGAGCAUGAUUGAAGCUUUGGCGAGGGAUAAUUGGUUGAGAGCGCAGGAGACACUGGAGGCGGCGAAGAAGGGGAAAAAGUACAAACUAGAUAACGAAGGAUUUGGAUCAUCUGCACUGGAUAAGAAGACGAAACUUAGGGCUACAGCGGUUGCGAAAAAAGCAGACGCAGCACUUCCGCUGCUAAUAUUUCAAUAUUGUCAUGAACUAUCAAAGGAAAUUGAGGAAAUUGAGGUGUAUGAUGAUAUAUUUAGCUCUGUAUUCAUGGAUCUGCCCGACCCUGCAUCAACGGCGUGGACUGCAGUACGACAGCUGAAAGACCGAUUAGACUCUGAAAAGGCAAUGGCCAAGGACAGUAAAGCGAUUGAAAAUUUCGCAAACGCGAUGUUGCAGACGUCCUUGAGCGCGUCGCGUAUUGUUGAGAAUGAGCAGUUGGCUCAGCUUACAGCGGCAGUCGAAAAGGCGCGCAUUGAUCUUCAUAAUACAGCACGAAAUUGA